UUUACAGAUUCGUUUCUCGGACUAUAUAAUUGAACGGAAGAAUAGAAACGUCCAACAUGGAGUCGGUUAUUUGUUGUGGUUGUUGGUGUAAGUGAUGGACGUCGAACUUGCAGAAAGUAGAAGAAAUUUACAAAAAUCCUGGAUAAUUACGGUCGAAUAUAAGAAAAAUAGGUGAAGCUUGAUUAGAAAAAAUAAAAUUCAAAAACAAAGAAAAAUGAGUUCUUCAAGUGGAAACAGUUCAGGUGUUCCACGGAUUUUAGUUUUUCGACCAACAGUUGAAGAAAUGAAAGAUUUUCCAAAAUAUAUUGAAUAUAUGGAAGCUAAUGGUGCAAAUAAAGCAGGAUUAGCAAAAAUAAUUCCUCCAGAAAACUGGUAUCCACGUAAAAGUGGGUAUGAUGAUUUAGAGCUGUUAAUUCCUGCUCCAAUUUCUCAAAUGGUAACUGGACGCCAAGGUUUAUAUCAGCAGUAUAAUAUUCAAAAGAAAGCAAUGACAGUGAAAGAAUUUAAAAAAUUAGCAGAGAGUCCUCAAUAUCAAACACCAUCUCAUUUUGAUUAUGAAGAUUUAGAGAGAAAAUAUUGGAAAAAUAUUUCCUAUAAUUCUCCAAUAUAUGGAGCAGAUGUUUCAGGUUCUUUAUAUGAUCCUGAAGUAGAGGAAUUUAAUAUCAAUCGUUUAAAUACUAUAUUGGAUCUUGUAAAUGAAGAUUAUGGUAUUCGCAUUGAAGGAGUAAACACUGCAUACUUAUAUUUUGGAAUGUGGAAAACCACAUUUGCAUGGCAUACAGAAGAUAUGGACUUAUAUAGUAUAAAUUAUCUUCAUUUUGGUGCACCCAAGUCAUGGUAUGCUGUUCCACCUGAGCAUGGUAGACGUUUGGAGAGACUUGCAGCAGGCUUUUUUGCAAGCAAUUUUGCUGCUUGUCCAGCUUUUCUUCGACAUAAAAUGACUCUUAUUUCACCUCAGAUACUUAAGAAGUACUCCAUUCCUUUUAAUAAGAUUACACAAGAGCCUGGAGAAUUUAUGAUAACCUUUCCUUAUGGUUAUCAUGCAGGAUUUAAUCAUGGUUUUAAUUGUGCAGAAUCAACUAAUUUUGCAAUGCCCAGAUGGAUCGAAUAUGGCAAGAGAGCUUUACAGUGUACUUGUCGAAAAGAUUGUGUGAAGAUAAGUAUGGAUGUAUUUGUUAGAAAAUUUCAGUCUGAAAAAUAUGAACUUUGGCGACAAGGAAAAGAUUUAGGAUGUCAUCCUGAGGAUCCUUCUAGAAAUACUGUUGCACCACCACCUAGUAAAUUUGAACUUAUUAUUGCUUCAAGAAGGAUUACACAAGAGCCUGGAGAAUUUAUGAUAACCUUUCCUUAUGGUUAUCAUGCAGGAUUUAAUCAUGGUUUUAAUUGUGCAGAAUCAACUAAUUUUGCAAUGCCCAGAUGGAUCGAAUAUGGCAAGAGAGCUUUACAGUGUACUUGUCGAAAAGAUUGUGUGAAGAUAAGUAUGGAUGUAUUUGUUAGAAAAUUUCAGUCUGAAAAAUAUGAACUUUGGCGACAAGGAAAAGAUUUAGGAUGUCAUCCUGAGGAUCCUUCUAGAAAUACUGUUGCACCACCACCUAGUAAAUUUGAACUUAUUAUUGCUUCAAGAAGAGAGGAGAAAAGAAAAUUAACAGUGUCAAAAAGACAUCCUAUAUCUGCUAUAGAUGGGAAAAAACAAAAGGAAAAAUUUAACUCUGAUUAUAAAGAUCAAGAAUGGGAUUUGAUGAAAGAAGAGAAAGAUGAUAGUGACGGCACUGAAAUUUAUGAAUUGGAUGAAGAUUUGAAUACAAAACCUAAAGAAAGAAAGAAAAGAAAGAAAAAAGAAAAAUAUAAAGAUGAUGAUUUCCUUGAUAUUAACAGUGAUGAUAAAAUAAAAAAAAGAAAAUUUGCAAAAAAGAAAGAUAUAGAUACUUUGGAAAAGUUUGAAAUGUUAGAUAAUAUGAAUUGUAUGGAAGAUUCUUCAACAUCAUUGCAAACUGAUCAAGAUGAAAAUCCUCCAAUUCUGAAACCAUUUUGGGAUUUGGAAAAUGAUAAUCAACUAGCAUUUUCUCACAAUAUGAAUGAGGCAGCUAUAGAUAAUAUAGAGACAAACAAUGAAAAUGAAAUUUCUGACAUUAAAAAUGAAACAAUGAACAAUCAUCCAUUACCUGAAAAUAAUUCUGAACAAAAUUCAAUAGAAACAAAACCAGCUGAAAAAUCUAAUAGUCCUCCUGUUAUUAUUGAAAAUGAAAAAUUUAUCACUUCAGUAGGAAAUGAGUUUCAGGCUCCAGGAUUUCAGACAAAGUUUCCAUAUCAACAACAACCACUUAUUCAACAUUCAACAAAUAACAAUCAACCAGUAGAAACAAAAACAUUUCCCCGAGGAAGAAUGAUGUCAUUAACUCAAACUGCUAAAAAGUUGGAAGAACUUUCUUCAAAGAAUUUGUCAUUUAAAGAGCAAGCAGUAACUGAAUCUAAUCAGACACAUCAAGGAAUUGGAUCAUCAAAUCCAUCUAUUAUUCAACAAUUUUUGUUCAAUAGUCAAUUAUCACCACCUCCUUCUAGUAUGACUAAUAUUACUCCAUUUCAUUUGAGGCAGCAAAGGACAGCAAAAUCUCCUAUAAGUGUACAGCAACCUUUAAUGCCAAAUAGUUUAAAUUUACCAUUGCUAUCUAAUACAUCUGAAAUUUUUAAACAGAACAUCCAUCAAUCUGAAAUUAUAAAUUCAUCUUUACAUUCAAACAAUUUGAAAAUGUGUCCACUUAAACCAGAUUCAGGAAAUUCAAUUUCACCAGAAGCAUCUCAUCCAUUUAGUCAUAGUUACAUAAAUAAAGAAUCAAAUAAUUUGUUACCUCAACCAUCUAAAGCAGAUACCCAAACAGCAUCAUGGUUAUUUGCUGGAGUACCUCACUAUAACAAUUCUGUUCAGCAGCAAAAAUUAUCUACUACUUUAUUACCAAAUUCAGCUUAUUCUAAUAUUAUACAUCAUGAUAUUCCAGACAAACCCACUUUAUCAUAUUUGGGACAGGCAUCUGAUGAACCAAAAGAUUUAUCUUUAAAAGUGAAUGACAAAACUUUGCCUGCAGCUAAACAAUUUGUUGGGGGUAUCUAUCCUGAUGUAGGUGAAACUAGUUCACCUUAUCAUUCGCAUCUGUUGCCUCAAAGGUGUUGUAUGUGUUCUCUUCGUGGUGGAGCUUUGAAACCAACAAUAGAUGAAAAAUGGGCUCAUAUUGUUUGUGCAGCUUUGGGACCUCAAGUGUUGUUUGAAAAUGCAAUUUUAAGAGAACCAAUUAAUCUAACAAGAGUACCUAAAGCAAAUCUUAAAUUGAAAUGUUAUUAUUGUCAUAAACUAUCACCCAGUAAUACUUGUCCACGAGGAAUUUGUGUAAAAUGUUCAGUGAAAAAAUGCUCAACUGCUUUUCAUAUUACUUGUGCUCAUGCAGCAGGAAUUGUAUUUGAACGAUCUAUGUUACCACCUGUUGUUGAAAUUAAAUACAAGUCAUCUGUACCUAAUACAGUAUCUAAAGAAGUUGUUGAAGAUUGGACUCAACCAUUAUCUGAAUUAUGGCAAUUUAGUCCAGCAAACUUUCAUGCAGAACAACAAUAUAAUAUGCAGUGUUCAACAGUCGAUCCUCAUUGUUCUAUAUGUCUAAUAUUUAAACCAUUGAGGUUACAUAAUCUCAGUUGUGGAAAAGAAACUCAUGUGCCUUCUAAAAGUCGGGUUUGGAUGCCUGCAACAUGUUUUGUAUCAACAUCACCAUCAGAUUUUGUCAAUCCACUGUUGGAUCAAAAUGGUAUUUCACCAUUGUUAAUAUGCACAGAUUGCAAAGUUUGUGUCCAUGCAACUUGUUAUGGUGUGACUGCAAUGCCAAUUGAAACAGCUUGGAAGUGCUCAAGAUGUAUUAGACAAGAUCUAAAUGCAAGGUGUUGUAUGUGUUCUCUUCGUGGUGGAGCUUUGAAACCAACAAUAGAUGAAAAAUGGGCUCAUAUUGUUUGUGCAGCUUUGGGACCUCAAGUGUUGUUUGAAAAUGCAAUUUUAAGAGAACCAAUUAAUCUAACAAGAGUACCUAAAGCAAAUCUUAAAUUGAAAUGUUAUUAUUGUCAUAAACUAUCACCCAGUAAUACUUGUCCACGAGGAAUUUGUGUAAAAUGUUCAGUGAAAAAAUGCUCAACUGCUUUUCAUAUUACUUGUGCUCAUGCAGCAGGAAUUGUAUUUGAACGAUCUAUGUUACCACCUGUUGUUGAAAUUAAAUGUAAAUAUCAUAUUGCUGUCAGUGAAAAGACAAUGCAGAAUGCACCAUGUGAGGUUCAAAAAGGUGUUCUGGUUGUUACAAAGAGAAGAAAUGGCAGAUAUUGUACUUGCCAAAUAAUAGAUAUCCAACCUCAAGUAUUAUAUUCUAUUACUUUUGAUGAUGGCUCUGUCUGUGACAAAUUACCACCAACAAACAUUCUUUCGAGAAACUGUCGUCAAUUUGGUCCUCCACAGAUAGGUGAACAUCUAGAUAUAAAUUUGGCUGGCAGACCAUAUGGUGGCACUUUUAGAGGAAUUAAUCAUCAUAUGGCAUAUAAAGUACAGUUUGAUGAUGGAUGUAUUAUGAUACUUAACAGGGAAGAUUUUUAUCUGCCAGAUGAAGAUAUGCCAAAGAGUAUUAGAUCAAGAGUAUCGACCGCAAUACAGAAUUACCAAGAGACAGUUGGAAGAAAUCCACAGGUGAAUCCCGUCAUGCCUAAAGAUACAUCGGAAAGCACAAUUUCUUAAAACUGCCACAUUUGAAAUAAGUGCCAUCAUUUAUAAUGUUUGC